CCGUGGCAUGCCAAGUAUCCAGCUCCAGAGCAUCAGCCAGGAAGCUUGACGCGUGAGCAGCUUCUCGAGCUGAUGAAGCAAGUUGGCGAUGUGGCCGGUGCGGACUUUUUGCUCGUCGAUUUACGACGGAAUGAUCAUGAGGGCGGCACGAUCCGUGGCUCCAUCAAUCUCCCGGCCCAAAGCCUGUACCCUUCAAUCCCAAGACUUUAUGACAUGUUCAAGGCUAGAGGUCUGCGCAAGGUCAUUUGGUAUUGUUCCUCAUCACGCGGCCGCGGUCCGCGAGCUGCGGGCUGGUUUAGUGACUAUAUCGCCAGCUGCGGGGACAACGAGAUGGAAAGUGUAGUUUUACAGGGGGGAAUCAAGGGCUGGGCCACGGCGGGCGACAAAUUUGUCGAGUGGAUGGACGAGUAUGACCCUUGCUUUUGG